GGAGAACGGGGAACUCCGUCCAAUAAGGAUGGUUUUUGUUUUAUUGACAUCUCCGGGGGGUUUUCUUUUGAAAGUUUUAUAUGUGAAUGGGCGGUUUGGCACCUCAAAGCAGCUGCGCUUUCGACGCACAUCUGGAGCGCGGAGCCGUUAUGAAUCGGAAGCACAUUUCCUCCUCUGACGCGCAAUAAAUCGUGCAACGCGUAUGUUUACGGAUUUGCCUGCGUCGUUUCUGGCUUGGUACUGGAAAGUCUUCCAAAUUUUUUUUAAAUUUUUUUUUUAUUCACCUAAAGCGUCCACAUACAGUGCGAGGCGAAGUUGUAACUCGAGCCGUGGACGCUGGGCUGAACAGCCCGCCUGCAGCAGCUUCAGCUUCAACCAACAGCUGGAUGAGGGCUGGAAACAUCUGCAGCGCCUGUUCCGGAGUGCGUAAAACGAAGCAGCUGCUGGGUGGCUCUGCGCCGCUCGUCCUGGAUGGAACAUCGCAGGAAUGAGCCAGAAACUAUCGAGAUAGCGCGCGCUGCGCUCCAACUGGAAGAGACAUCACUGCUUAUUUAAAUCUGCAACAGUUUUAACUGAGCCGGAAUUCCCAAGUGGAUCGGAGAGGAAUGAAUCAAGUGAAAAAUCCCAGUAAGGAGUUGAGCUCUCUCCCACCGCGACCGCCGAGUUUACCUGCGGCUUCCCCAAAGAGACGGUUUGUCAAGCUGGGAAGGAAAGCUAGUGAUGGCUCCCAGCAGUCAGCCUCAUCCAGCUGCAGCUCGUCCACCUGCAGGUCGGCCGAGGCCGUGACCGUCAGGCAGCCCAGCAAGAGUCGCAUCCGUCGCCACACCAACCGCCUCUCGGGCGUCUUCCUCCGAGGCCCAGCCUCCGGCCCAGGCUCCAUGGCGCUGCCCGCCGGUCUCAGGUCGUCGCUGUCCAUCCAAGCCAGGAAGGCAAGCAUGAUCUCCACCGACACUCUGGUAGAGGACGACCCGUCUGAGCUGUCCAAUCAGAUAACUGCCCCAGGAAUCCUGAAGAUCUUUGGGAAUGAAAUCUGCGAAGGAGCCCACUAUAAGAGCGUCCUGGCCACCACGCAAUCAAGUGCCAAGGAGCUCGUCAAGGAGGCCCUCGAGCGGUACGGCCUGGGCAAGGAGGAGGCGGAGUCCUACGUCCUCUGCGACACCAUUGGCUCCUUCGGACAUCAUCAGUGGAGGACAGAAGGGUUCAGAGUCGUGGGCGACCACGAGAAGCCCCUCCUCUUGCAGUCGCUAUGGAAACCACGGGAGGGUCUGGCGAGACGGUUCGAAAUCCAGAAGAGGAGCCUGGUAGAGGAGAAGACGUCCAGGGAGAAGGACACCAUCACGGCCGGCAUCAACGCCCAGGCUCGUAAGCUGCAAAAGAGCCGCUCCAGAGUGACCUCCACCCUCAUGGAGAGGACCUUGGGUCGGGGCCAGAAACUGUGGAGGAGCAAGAGCGAGAUGGACCUCUUGGAUAUCGAGACCAAAGAGGACGCGGAGGAGAACUCCCAGGAUCGAAUCGAGAGCCUGAACCACGUGUCAGCGCAGAGCUAUGGGUCAGCCCUGAAACAGAAUCACAUUCACAGCCUCACGGCUCCCUCCGAGGGGGACGGCGGGUCACGGGCCAAAACAGAGACCCUCUGUCCGCCGAGGCCCGGAGGAGAGCGGGAAGGAGAGGAGUCGGAGAGGGAGGAGACGGAGAGCAGCGACGACAACACCACACAGUACUCCAUUCACCCUCCCCACGACUGUCCGUACCUGCUGCUGCUGCAGGGCUGCAGCCCCGCGCAGGAUUUUGUCAUCUACCUACUUGUGGGCCCAAAUGUAGUAAUUGGGCAGCACAGUAACAAUGAAGACGGGUCAAAGGUCGACAUCCUCCUCUUUGCCUCUGAUAUUCUUCCGAGACACUGCUACUUCCGUCGGCGCUGCGCCGGCGGUCCCACCAUGCUCUGCCCGUGUCAGGAUGCCGUGGUCAUGAGGAACGGCGAAGCGCUCAAAAAUGACGUGCAGCUUAGCCCGGGGGAUGUCAUUGGACUGGGACAGCACUACCUGUUUCUUUUCAAAGAUCCUUUAAGUUUGAAGCAGGCGGAGGCGAUCGGCCUUGCUCCUGAGUCCAGCUUGUCCGCUGCCCCUGUCACACUGGAUCGAAUUACUUCUGCCACUGCCAGGGGCCUCCCCAGAGAAAUCAUCCUCUGCAACACCUGCAUCUCAGCCUGCACCGACCUCCAGAGCUCAGACUGCAGAGAGCCCCUGACCGGUGGCCCUCCGUUCCUGAAGACAACCGAGGGCCACUGCCUGACUCUGGCCUACGAGGCCGAUGAUGAGGAUCGCGUCGUCAAGGAGAUCGUUGCUAUGGGAUGCGGCAACGACAGGCCGCCACUGACCGUUUCUUUUUUGCUGUGCUUGUGCGUUCAGUAUUCUUCGGCAUGCCUUCACACCUCCAACCUCCGCAGGCUCCUGCUGCUCAUCGCCGACGGAGUUCAGGGCGCCAUGUGGGAGCACACUAAGGACCUGGCCGCCGUUCAACCUGAAGUUCUCAGCGCUACCGGCUGCAACCCACAAGUCCUGCGGGCUCUCGGCCUGCCUGAGGUGAUCUCGGGACUGUGCCCCCUGGUUGUGUGGAUGUCCAACUGUCUGGAGCUGCUGCAGUUUGUUCAGUAUCAGCUGCCUCUUAUUCUGGAGUGGAGAGUCCAAAAAGAGCGGGAACAGGAGGAGGAAGAAGAGAGGGGAGAUGACGAGAGCAAGGAAGUGGAGAGCGUGGCCAAGUUGGAGCUUCUUCUGUCUCGGGUUCGUUCAGCCAGUGAGGAGACGAUGGCCGUCCUGGAGGAGGUCAUCAUGCUUGCCUUCCAGCAGUGUGUGUACUACAUUACAAAGGUCCUCUACCCGAUCCUGCCAGGACUUCUGGAUUGCAACCCUUUCAGGGGCACCGGCGAGAGCACUCAGGUCCUGGGUGGCGGUGGACUGCAGGUCCCCGGGGAGAUCCAGCAGGUGGUGGAGGUUCUGACCGAGAGCUGGACGCUGCUCUCUGACUGCCAGGUCCACGUGGAGAUUUCCUCUCAGCUCGUCGGCUACCUCUUCUACUUCAUCAACGCCUCACUCUUCAACUCACUCAUGGAGAGAGGCUCUGAGCCAGGCUUCUACCAGUGGUCCAGAGGCGUGAGAAUGAGGGCCAGUCUCGACUUGCUCCUGGACUGGGCCCACGCAGCAGGACUGGGAGAACUGGCCUUGGAGCACACGCACACUCUCUCGUCGGCCAUCAAUCUGCUGGCUACGCCUAGAAAGAAUUUAGUGCAGACUUCUUGGGAGUCCUUGCGCUCCGACUACCCCGCCCUAAGCCCUGCCCAGGUGAAUCACCUGUUGAGCCUGUACAGCCCGGCGUCUCCUUGCAGGCACGUCUGGACUCCAUCGGCGCAGGACAGAGCAGCAGCACACGAAACCGCUGACAUCCUGGAGAGCUUUGACACCCACCAUCCGCUGGUGCUGCCUGACGCGGGCUACCAGCUCCAGUCCAGGAGGCCAGUCACGGACUCGGCUCUGAGGGAACAGCUGGACAAGCUCAAGGACUUUAUUCACACGCUCUCUGACUCGCAGCUAAGUGCCACGGCUGCCAAAGAACACCAGGAUGGUACCGUCCAGAUGGACGCAAACCUUCGAAAUGCCGGCCUGGAAACCUCUCACACAUCAGCAGUUGAGCUGGUCUUAUCUACGUCGCCCUCUACUACCUCCGUCCUCACACCCCCGUCCCCGCCAUCACCGUCCUCUCCUCUCCUCACCCACCACCCGCACGAGUUCAGCCCCUGCGGCGCCGUCAUCUUAUCCCAGCGGCUGAGAAACCUGGAGCUGCAGACCGCAGAGGCCGAGACCAGCGAGUCGAGAAGGUCGGCCCUGGACCCCUCCUGCCUCCUCACCCCCCCUAAAACCCCGCAGCUGAUAGACGCUGUUGAUCUGGUGAAGGCAGACGAGGAAAACAGGAUGAAGGCUGAUGGUGAAACGGUUCCCUUUGACGUAGGCGCACAUGAUGAAGGUGGAUUAGUGUUUGAAUGUCUCGCUGCGCUCAAGGUGGACCGUUUGAAAUCGGACUGCAGCAGCACGAAAAGACUGGCAGAACUCAAGGAGGAAGAGGAGGAGCAGGAUGAGGAAGAGGAGGCGGAAAAUCAGUAUGAUGACAACAACGAUGAGGUUUUUAGCCUGGAGCUGGAGCGAGAUGAAACAGGACUGGGUCUCGCUCUGGUUGACACAAGUGACACUUCGCUGAAGGUAAAAGGCAUCUUCAUCCGCACAGUGGUCCCAGACUCACCUGCAGGCCGGAGUCAGAAGCUGCUUCCAGGAGACAGAAUCAUGGCCGUUAACGGAGUCAGUUUGCUUGGAAUGGACUACCAUGGAGGGCGAGAGUUGAUCCAGUCAUCCGGUGCCAGACUGAGGUUGCUAGUGGCCAGGUCAAGCUGGAUGACUAAGGCUGUACGAAAUGAAUGCUGACGCUACAUUUCCUCAGAGACUAUUGAUGAUGCACCACUGGCGCUGAAGAUGCGGACGUCGGUUCAUGCAAACGCACUAUGGACGAUGUACAUCCUGGUGGGACUGGGUGCCAGGUUUUGAACGCUCAGUUUAGUUUUGCAGCUUUUAAUUUUACAUUGUAGUAACAUGGAUUACUGGUGGAUACUGUUUUCCACUGAAUGAGUCAUUUGGACUUCAAAUGGAAAAGAGUUUGCCUUGAAGCAUCCUCAGUUUGCUCGGUAUGGAUGGGCCCGGGUCGGAUUCAAACCGCUGUUUGUUUUCUUAACACCGCCUUUCUGUCCAGCCCUCGUUUAAGCAUAACUUCAAACUCUCAAGCCAGUGGUAAAAGACUCAAAUGUUUCCAUGCACCAACUCUAAACCCCAGUAGUGGAGGGACCACAGGGGCGAGAAACCACAGGCAGUACCGUAAACGGCUGCUGCCAAGGUGGUGCUGUUACCAGGCCGUCCACAAGCAUGCAGGAAUUAGUAUUUGGUCGCCCAACAAAGGUCGGCUUCCACUUACCAGCACAAGUGAGUGUGUCCGCAAGGAGAAAGGAGGCUCCCUACAGGAUGCUUCUGUGAUGAAGCAUAAGACCAGGCUACAUGGAACUCGCCCCUCAUCGGAAACUUGGCCUCCUGUUGUGGUCAGUGCAGUGGUAGCAUGUCUCAUUUUCUCUGCAAAGUAACAGUCACUGUACAGGAUUUACGUUUUCUUCUUCGUACUGGACAAAAUGAAUGGAUGUGUGAUGGUUGCUGCAUGUUGAGGAUGACAAGCCAUAAAAAAUAUAUGGAUA